AUGGUGAGCCGGCGCAGCUCUUCGAAACGUCAGCCGAACAAGUCUUUCGAUCCGGUGAGCACCUCAUUUUCUUCAGAUGACCGGUCAUCCUUUCGUGGGUUUUUAUGCUGAUGCGAUAUUUGACGUAAGGGUCGGCAAACACGUAUACGUUUGGGCUGAGAAGUCGGUAACAGUGAGUAGUUAAUCUUCUCAGAUUCCAACCAGGUUGGCACACUAUUGAGACGAAUGUGAGGUCAACGGCAGCUCCGAUCUGCAUUUAACGAUACACCCCAAGCCGCUUUUGUGCAAAAGCUUGAUAUGCCGCUGCCCGUGCACGGAGAUGGGGCGUAAAGAUGAGGUCCGACUGUUGCAGUUUAUGUCAAACAUGUUCGAAAAUGUCAACAUGAGGAAUUGAUGAAAGUAAAAUUCAAAUGAAAUGGAAUUCAAAUGAAAACAACCAAUCAUGUUUAUGAAUGUAAACUGGUGGCGUGGGGAGAUCGCACUUUGCGUUACGUCAUUCUGCUGCCUACUAUUUUCCAACUUCUCUUGCAAGCAUAAUAGUCUAAGGCAUGCGUCCUCAGAAAUACAUGCAAAAUCAAAACGCUUCCUCCUGAUAUUCCGGAAUGCCCCGGGGUGUAAACCAUUACUAUCUUCUGACGGAGGGGUCUGCGCCCACGACAGUUCGACAAUCGUGAACGAUAAUGGCCAUACUGUUCCUCGCCCGCACAGGGACGGUGACUUGCGCGUGAGUAGGUUUAUAGUGGUAGCAAACUUCCGCUAUAUCACCGCACGUCCCGCUUCCCUCCUUCCAACCCAAACACCCACCUGAUUCCGGUGUUGGGAAGACUAGAGGCCGGAUCGGACACAGUGGCUGCUAAAACUAAACAGUCUGUCUGCGCGUACCACGCACGUCUGUUCCACAAAAAGUUGGAUGGAUUUUCACAGAAUCAAAAGGCAACGAACGGCUGAAGGGCCCCCAAACACACACGAUCAGCCAAAGGUGCCUGUCUUACGGGAACGGUGGUUGUUGAAUCCAGCUAGUCAACGCUUGGAAUUCUCCACGUCCUCCUCGGACAGUAACAAAGGAAUUCUUUGUCUAUCGUAUCAUUUGUUGAGGUUUGUGUGUUUUUUAUUAUUACCUUAUUCUAUUAAUAGUAAUGUAUAUACACCGAAAUCUGUUUUGGCUUAUAAGCGUGGCUCAAUUUACCAAGAAUUCUACAGUGGUAAUAGGGGUUUUACGGGUGGGGCCUAUGUAUGCGUAGAGGAAUGGCAAAAUAAGUAUAGGCAAUUGGCAAAUUUGUUUUUCGGGUGGGAAUGUUUUAAUGCAUUAACAUAUAGCAACUGAAAUUACGCGAGACAAUUAAGAAAAACAAGCAUUAAGUGUCUACAACCCUUGCUUCUCAACUGUCUGAACUGAUGUCAUUGCAGAUAAUCCACCAGACUGUCAACAACGAUCGCUGCUCUCUGAAUCGAGUUCAUUGUAGAUAAUGCAGCAGAGCGUCUAUAGCAGACGACCCAACUCUGUACGAUGAGACACCAAACCGAAAUAAUCUUGUUGAACUAAAACCCACUUAAAUAAGUAUAGUAGGUAUCCUUUGUAUGCCACAGAUACUUGGGGGCCUUCACUCGAUCCUUACCAAUAAAAAAGCUGUCUGCUCGGAUUCCAUCCAACAAAUGGAACCAUCCCCUCGCAGAUAUUUAUGUUAUCCCUAAAUUCAUCUUCAGCUGCUCUCCGUUUUUGUUUCGCCGCUCUUGGGAACAACUGCAGGCCAUCCGGCCUUAAUUAGAUCUUGCAACUGCAUACAUCAGCACACGAUCCACGGUCUACCGACAUCUAAUUUGGGUUCUUCACCCUACCGCAGCUCUUUUUACAAUCAUCAGGACCCACAUCCAAACCGCAAAAUGUAGGGAAAAUGAAGUGGCAACAUGUUAUAUCUCUGUUUCUGCAGUUAUGCUGCCUGACGAGUCAAAUAUAGGGCCAGACUUGGCAUGAAUGACAGUUGAUAGGUCGACACCCGGAGCAAAAUUGGACGGAUGCUUAGACGAAUCGGAUGGAGCGUCGUCGUAGCAAACUGAUGGGAAUAAAAAGGAUAGUCGGCAUCUUCAAGAAUUCCUCCAGCAAAAUGCCUCAUUGUUAGACAAAACCGUCACAUCAUCGAAGGAAAAAACACAAUCGGGAUGCGCACACACGCAUACGUGUGCAGCAUGAGUGGGCAAAGGGAUGCUGACUUCUGAAAAUCCGCAAAACACCAAAUAAGGCUAGUGUCAGUGGCGUUCACUGAAUUUGGUCAAUCUCUGUUUCUCUUUUUAGCCCUAUCUGCAGUCUCAAAAAGCGCCAGCACAGCGAAAACUAAUAAAUCAAGGAAAAGCAUUGUCACCAGGGAUAAGAGAGGGAGACUGUACUAGCAAUCUUUGUCUUACAUAUUGCCGUCGGUCAUCCUGUAGUACUCGAGCCACCCAAGGGUAUGGUCUUGUCUUCUUCUCCUUCUAGGUGACAGUCCGUACUGGCUUCCUUGGUGCUCUUAUCCGAUCGAGUGUCUCCUCGGCGGGGAGCCUGGGAAUUAGAGUGAAUUGAGUCCAUCGUCUGUAAGGGCAAGCGGGCGCAGAUAGAAUAGGUCGACGGUGGAAAAAGUUUAUUAAAAGAAAUAUAUCAGCAGAGGAAAAUUAAUCCCGUUCCGUCUUCUCGUCGUCCUCCUCUUUAUGGGCGGUCUCUCGACGGGCCCCCUCACGCUCUUCGACGGCGGUCACUAAAACAGAGCACGUUCGGAACUCCAAUCUGUCAAACUGUACAGGAAGAUCAUAGCAAGGACACGUUAAAACAACAAGGUCAGUACGUCCUCUACAAUCCAUCCGGCAUCGGAAAUACGUGAGAAUCAGACAUCCCUUCUGCAUCGCUGACAUCAGAUCGUCAGCCUGCGACCCAACCGGCGUAGGUUUAAGCCGAAGGAACAACCGGGGACUGGCUAAACAAUUCCGCCAUCCUGAUCUGUCCUCCCACUGCGGCUCGCUGAUGAUGCCACUUAAGGCAAAAAUGAAGGUUUCAGUCACACCUUUCCCUGCUGGUAAUAUUCCUCCCGAGUAUGAAGACUACAGUGAGAUUACGAGCAGAGAGCAAACUUUACAGACUAUGAUCAUCUCAUAAGACAGAACCUGUGUCGAGUCUUUUGUGAGGCUUUCUUAAUUUAAUUAACCACAUCUCUUUCUUGUAUCCUUAUGUGGGCCCGCGUGGGGUACAAUGUAUUACUCCUUCCAAUUUACCCAUUCUACCGCAUACCUCUUUUAAAAAUAAUCCACUGCAGGACGAAGCGCAAAAUGCUUUGAUUCUUUGGAACAGGAAAAUCGCCGUCUGAAAGACAGCAAUCAUUUGCUAAACCAAACUCCCCCGAACUGCGCCGAUAGCCAAAUUAUGAUAAGAGGGUAUUUUCCCUCUCCCUCCCCCCAAAUCUGGAGUUCCGGUCAGCUCUGAACUGGGUCCUCAGGUCUUCACCGCCGGAUAGACGUCUUAUCUGUCCGGAUAUCAGCUACGAGUUUCUUACCUGUCCAUUUAGAGCCUCCCCUGCGGAACACCCAUUGAGAUGGGAUCAUCAGCAUUGUUCUUCUAACCUUCCCCCCUUCCUCCUCCUCCUCCUCCUCCUCCUCCUCCAGUUGACGGUAGGACGCCUUAGCCUGGAACCAAGCAGGUCCAUUGUGGAGCGGAGGUCGCUGAUUGCUAGGUGCCCAUUAAGUUCCGCCGACUUGCCUUCAUCCUAAAACACUAGGACCCCCACAACCGGUCAUUAUCUAUUCAUCUUUCUAGCAAACAAAGCCGAAGAAAACGGACGCAUAGUACGGGAACAAUUUUGCUGGUUAAAAAAGGAGAGAAUCUUGAUAGCCCACUUGAAACCUGGUUUUUUACGGAAUCACAAGAGUUGGAGGAAUGUGUCAUUAGGGCCUCCCACUUUCUGACAAGCUCCAUGUGUAUUAUUUAUAAAGAUGACUUUUCAAAGCUGUGGCAAAAUUUGGGCUUUAUAGUCCCGAAUUUUCUCUCUCUCUCUCUCUCUCUCUCUCUCUCUCUCUCUCUCUCUCUCUCUCUCUCUCUCUCUCUCUCUCUCUCCGAAGGCGGCGGCGGCUAGCAGGGUUAACUCAGCGACGACUCAUGAUUACCCUGCCAGAGGGUCGUCAGAGAUAAGCUGAGGCCCAAACCCCGCCUCCUGGGUGUCCUACAGUGGGUAUCCUUUAGAAAGCCAGCAAACUCAUCGUCCGGGGGCUUGCAGUUACAAAAUUGCUAAAUGGGUGCAAUGGGUUCAAUCGAAUAGAAGUUCAUCAAAGCCGAAAAAGAAGUUACGACUGAAAUAUAAUGCAGUGCUGGGUGGAAGACUCACCAGAUGAAACAUAAAGACAGGGACGAUGUAAGUUCUCCAAUCCUAAGUGGUGUUCCGAGAAACACAUUACUGAAAUUCGAAUGUAUAUCGCGGACGCGGACACCAGCAACCUCACCCUCCACGUUCUUUAGCCUUUCCCCUCGCCUUUUCUGCCCUCUCUCCCCCUUCCCCUCUUCUUCCUCCUCCUCUCCUUCUUUUCCUUUCUUCUUCUUCUUCUUCUUCUUCUUCUUCUUAUUUUUCUUCUUUUUCCCUUUCUCUAUCUCUUCUCAUCCUGCCUCACCAUUGUCACCUUCACCCUCAUUUUUAUUCUGGUCCCCUUCUCCAACUCCUUAGUCAUAUUCUUUCACCAUUCUCUCCUCCUCCUCCUCCUCCUCCUCCUCCUCCUCCAGCUUCUUCUUCUUCUCCGCCUCUAA